AUGAUGUCAGAACGUCGCUUUCAGGAAUAUUUGAGAAAUGAAAUAAAUCGACUUCAACAUACAAGAAAUGAUUUACAGAAACGAAUGCGAAUAUUAGCAUUAUCGGAAAACGAAUAUUUUACAACAGCUUCAUAUGACAUUCGUCUUGAAGAAAAUAGUAAAGUUGCUAUUCAUACUGGAAAACAAAUGUUUCAUAAUACUGUGUUAGCUGAAAAUUCAUAUUUGAGUGGAACACAUCGUUUGAGAAUUAAAAUUGAAAAUUUAAAUUCUAACCAUAAAUAUUUAUUUUUUGGAGUACUAUCAUCGUCAAUUGAUAAUAUCCAGUCAGUUCCAUCGUUUUAUUCACCAUCUGCUUAUGGCUGGUCGAUGAAAUAUAUCUAUGUAAAAGGUAUUCAGAUUGGAGAAUAUGACAGUGAUAUUAUACAAGAGGAUGUUAUUGAACUGGAAUUAAAUUGUGAUGAACGAAUUAUUUCAUUACUUAAUAAACGAACAAAUAAAAAAAUGCAAAUGAUGGCAGACGGAAAAUUACCUUGGAAACUACACUGUACAAUUUGCUGUCCAGGUGAUUGUCUGCGACUGCUUGAUUGA